AUGGCGGCGGCGGGUGUUGUGAGCGGGAAGAUUAUAUAUGAACAGGAAGGGGUCUAUAUUCACUCAUCUUUGGGAAAGACCAAUGACCAGGACAGCUUGAUUUCAGGAAUAUUACGUGUUUUAGAAAAGGAUGCUGAAGUAAUAGUGGACUGGAGACCACUGGAUGAUGCAUUAGAUUCUUCUAGUAUUCUCUAUGCUGGAAAGGACUCCAGCUCAGUUGUAGAAUGGACUCAGGCCCCAAAAGAAAGAGCUCAUCGAGUAGCGGAACAUCUGAACAGUUACGAAGCAGAGUGGGACAUGGUUAAUACAGUUUCAUUUAAAAAGAAACCACAUACUAAUGGAGAUGCUCCAAGUCGUAGAAAUGGGAAAAGCAAAUGGUCAUUCCUGUUCAGUUUGACAGACCUGAAAUCAAUCAAGCAAAACAAAGAGGGUAUGGGCUGGUCAUAUUUGGUAUUCUGUCUAAAGGAUGACGUCGUUCUCCCUGCUCUGCACUUUCAUCAAGGAGACAGCAAACUACUGAUUGACUGUCUUGAAAAAUAUGUGGCAUUAUGUGAAUCUCCACAGGACAAAAGAACACUUCUUGUGAAUUGUCAGAAUAAGAGUCUUUCACAAUCUUUUGAAAAUCUUCUUGAUGAACCAGCAUAUGGUAUAAUACAAAAAAUUAAAAAGGAUCCUUAUACAGCAACUAUGGUAGGAUUUUCCAAAGUCACAAACUACAUUUUUGAUAGUUUAAGAGGCAGUGAUCCUUCUGUACAUCAGCGACCACCUUCAGAGAUGGCAGAUUUUCUUAGUGAUGCUAUUCCAGGUUUAAAGAUAAAUCAACAAGAAGAACCAGGAUUUGAAGUCAUCACAAAGAUUGAUUUGGGCGAAAGACCUGUUGUUCAAAGGAGAGAGCCAGUAUCAUUGGAAGAAUGGACUAAGAACGUUGAUUCUGAAGGAAGAAUUUUAAAUGUAGAUAAUAUGAAGCAGAUGAUAUUUAGAGGGGGACUUAGUCAUGCAUUGAGAAAACAAGCAUGGAAAUUUCUUCUGGGUUAUUUUCCUUGGGACAGUACCAAAGAGGAAAGAACUCAGUUACAAAAACAAAAGACUGAUGAAUACUUCAGAAUGAAACUUCAGUGGAAAUCUGUCAGCGAGGAACAAGAGAAAAGAAAUUCGAGGUUAAGAGAUUAUAGAAGUCUCAUCGAAAAAGAUGUUAACAGAACAGAUCGAACAAACAAGUUUUAUGAAGGUCAAGAUAAUCCAGGGUUGAUUUUGCUUCAUGACAUUUUGAUGACCUACUGUAUGUAUGAUUUUGAUUUAGGCUACGUACAAGGAAUGAGUGACUUACUUUCACCUCUGUUAUAUGUGAUGGAAAAUGAAGUGGAUGCCUUUUGGUGCUUUGCCUCCUACAUGGACCAAAUGCAUCAAAAUUUCGAAGAGCAGAUGCAAGGCAUGAAGACCCAGCUUAUUCAGCUAAGUACCUUACUUCGGUUGUUGGACAGUGGAUUUUGCAGUUACUUAGAAUCCCAGGACUCUGGAUACCUUUAUUUUUGCUUCAGAUGGCUUUUAAUCAGAUUUAAAAGGGAAUUUAGUUUUCUAGAUAUUCUUCGAUUAUGGGAGGUAAUGUGGACUGAACUACCAUGUAAAAAUUUUCAUCUUCUUCUCUGUUGUGCUAUUCUGGAGUCAGAAAAACAACAAAUAAUGGAAAAACAUUAUGGCUUUAAUGAAAUACUUAAGCAUAUCAAUGAAUUGUCCAUGAAAAUUGGUGUGGAAGAUGUACUAUGCAAGGCAGAAGCAAUUUCACUACAGAUGGUAAAAUGCAAGGAGUUGCCACAAGCAGUUUGUGAGAUCCUGGGGCUUCAGGAAAGUGAAGUUACAACACCGGAUUCAGACAAUGGGGAAGAUGAAAAUGUUGGCAUGACUAUUUGUCCUGCAUCUGCAUUUCAGAGUAACUCGUUGCCUGUCCUUACUGCCAGUGGAGGCAGAGAUGACAACCCAACAGAGAUAUCCAUGUCCCCAAGUGUCAGCAGAUUAACACCUGCAUGA